CCUGGGUUUUGAUUGGCUCUUCUGACUUGAAGUCCGGACAAGUGAGGAUGACCGCUGCUGUUAGGAAAGAAGGAGGAAGUGCAGUGUGUAGGGUGUGAUAUGCCUGUCAUAUUAACAAUUUCCUCGGAUUAGGAUUGAAGGUGGAUCUAGGAAAUGAGCGGUUGCCCCGCCUAGAAACCAAGGAUUGAAGUGAGAGGAAACAACACAGUCUGGUUUGAUGGCAGAUGAGGUGGGUGAUGAAAUACCUUAACAUUUUCCGGUUCAUUGAUCAGACUCCUGACUUGGUCUCAGCCAACAGCGAAAAUGGCACCACGCGUGUGGGCGGGGCCAGCGGCACACAGAGAGCUCCCAUUGGUUGGGAUAGACACUGACCAUCUCCCCAGCGCCUCCAUUGGCCUCCUCCCUAAGGCGUGGCCCUGUGAGGUGGAGAGUCUGAACUAGGGAUGUUACUGACGGUGUGAGCCGGCUUAGAAAGUCCCAGACCAGGGUGAAAGAGGCCGCUGUGAACACGCAGGCUGGUUUUUCUGUUCCUUUUUUUCUCUACUAUCCACGCACAGUCACCGGCCCACAAAGACAUGGCCACCAGCUCCAGCCCCUUGCACCCAUACUGGCCUCGGCAACUGAAACUGGACAACUUCGUGCCUAAUGACCGCCCCACCUGGCAUCUCCUGGCUGGCCUCUUCUCCACCGCUGGGGUCUUACUUGUGACCACAUGGCUAUUGUCGGGUCGAGCUGCAGUCGUCCCACUGGGGACUUGGCGGCGACUGUCUGUGUGCUGGUUUGCAGUUUGUGGGUUCAUCCACAUGGUGAUUGAGGGCUGGUUCAUCGUCUACCAUGAGGACCUUCUUGGAGAUCAAGCCUUCUUGUCCCAACUCUGGAAAGAGUACGCCAAGGGAGACAGCCGAUACCUCCUGAAUGACAACUUUAUGAUAUGCAUGGAGUCCAUCACAGCUUACUUGUGGGGACCGCUGAGCCUAAUGUUGGUGCUCACCAUUCUCCGGCAGAAACCCAUCCGCUUUGUUCUACAGCUCGUGGUCUCUGUGGGUCAGAUCUACGGGGAUGUGCUCUAUUUCCUGACAGAGUAUCGUGACGGAUUCCAGCAUGGGGAGCUGGGCCAUCCACUGUACUUCUGGUUUUACUUUGUCUUCUUGAACUCCCUGUGGCUGGUGGUACCUGGAAUCCUUGUGCUUGAUUCAGUAAAGCAGCUCACUCGUGCCCAGAGCAUGCUGGACGCCAGGCCCACAAAAGCCAAGAGCAAGCGGAACUAGUGAGCGAUGGACUAGACUUGCACACUAGCUGAUGUGGAACUCUCUGAAUUCCAGAAGAUUCUAGUCCUGCUCCCGCAGGUUGGAGGGACAAAGCAAAUUGAUCUUUCAAACUCAGGCUGACGAAUGGGUAUGAAAAGGGCCAAAGACAGAAGGGAAGAAAGGAGCUCCUUAGAGCUGCUGCCAGGAGCCAUUGGGACAAAGGUUCCAGAGAACCUAGAAGGUCUGUGAUGGUGGCAAUAUUUUUUUUAAUCAGGAAAUAAAAGACCUUAACUAUAACACUGAGAGAUCUUUAAUUACUAACUAUAGAAAUACUCCAUGACUGACUCCCCAGGUCCCUCCAUCAUUCACUCAUUCCACAGACUACCAUUCCCAAAGUCAUAACCUUCCCCCAUCAUCAGAUAACCCUCCAAUCCAUGGCCUCAAAAAGGCCUAUCACUGACCCCACAGUUUCCCAUCACUCACCUCACAGACACCUCAUCACUGACUCCACAGUCUCCUGUUGAUCUUUCAAACUCAGUCUCACAGUUCUGGAGACUGGAAGUCCAAGAUCGAGGUGUUCUCAGGGUAGGUUUCUCCUGGGCCUUUCUCGGCUUGCAGAUUGCCUUCCCCCCAUGGGUCCCUAUCUCUGGUAUUACUUUCUUUUCGUACAAGGAUAACAGUCCUAUUGGAUUAGGGUUCAUUUAACCUUCAUUACCUCCUUAAGGGCCCUAUCUCCAAAUCUAGUCACAUUGCGGGGUUAGGUUUCAAUAUAAGUGGGGGGGCAAUAAGGUUCAUAACACUAGCCAUCACUCACUCCACAGGCCUCAUUGUUCACCUCAGAGACUACUUCAUCCUACACAUCACUCAGCCUCUUGUCUCCUGUUAAGACACCCCAAAGAUACCCCAUCACUAACUUUAUAGACCUACCAGCACACACACCAAAGACCCCGUCACUUACCCCACAGACCCCACAAAAUAAGCCACAAACUCUACCAUCAAUCAUCCCACAUAAUCCAUUGUUAACCCCUUAGAUAUCUAUCAUUCUCCCCACAAAUAGUUUUUCAUUCAUGCUAUAUAUUCCCCCCAUCACUCACUUCAUUAACUCUUUAACACCCCAUAACUUACUUGCAGAAUCCAUCAUCUCACAAACACACUCCACAGGUCCCAGUUACCCCAGUGAUUGUCCAUCACUCAUCCCACAGACCCCAUCGUUUACCCUACAGAUCCCCAUCACUUACCUCAUAACCACCUAUCAUGCAUCCACAUAUCACCAACUCUCAUCAUUCACCCCACAGAUAUCCAACACCGUAUAGACCCACAUCACUCACCUCAUGGUCUCUAUCCUUAACCUCAUUGACCUGCAGUCAUAAAGUAAAUGGAUACUUGAAGAAAUGUGAGGUGACAAAGCAUGAAUAAUAAGUGCAAAUACCUGUGGACUGGCUUCAGAUGACCUGUAUAGAGCAGGGCUUCAGUUCAAAUCCAGGUCCUACUCAAGCCUACAGUAUAUCUUUUGAGAAAUGCCUCACUGUUAAGGCCAAAGCUGUGCUUUACUUUCUCACCUCACAUCCAUCAAUUACCUCAUUGCUUAUGGCCUACUGUUCUCUUUGCUUUUUUUCAAGAACAGCUUCUCAAGCCCCACCGCCUUCUGUUAUACAGUCUCCCCCCUGUGCUACUUACUACACCCUUGACAUUAAGCUUUUUUCCUACCUGGCCUUCAGUGCUCUCUUCUGUAAUAGGCUAAUAAUAAUAGUACCUACCUCAUGGGGCUUUUAUACAGAUUAAAUGAACUAAUAUAUUCAGUUAUCUGGCAUACACUUUGUAUUUAUUGAAUGGAAGAGUAAAUAAAGAGUUUGCCCCAGGAUUGGCAAGGACUUCUUGUUUGAUCUCCUUGCUUCCAGAAGCUUUCCAUCCAAGGUUCUCUGCACAAACAAGACACAGGCAUCUGAUCACAUGAUUUCCCCAUCUAAAACCUGUGCUCCAGUGCCCUUAGGAUAAACUCCAAUGCCCAAGCUAAUGUUUUGUUCAUCCCACUCUAUGAUAAUUUUAGUAACAAGCAGGUUCUUGAAAACUUGUUUCCAUCAGAAAACCCAGAAGUGCCCUAAGAAGUGUUUGACUCCAGCACCUAGGAAAGACAAAGAAACCAAUAAACCUUUUCUGACUUUCCAAGAAAAUUCUCCUUUGAACCUUUCAGAAAGUAGAGAUGCCUAAUACUAAUAGCAAAGCAACACAUUAUUUUAAAAGAUACCCAAAAAGAACUGCAUCAGUCUAAAAAUCUAACAUCAAUAGUAGCAGCUGAGCACUCCCUGGUGGCACAGCAGGCUGAAACAGCACUAAGACACUAUCCACAGCCUCUUCAGCGUGAUUUCAAUCCCCCAACAGCCAGGGAGUUGACCCACAUGGCACAGCAGACCUCUCCUGUCUCCCUGGCUGCUCCCCUCA